AUGAGUAAGAGGUGCAACAAGUGUGGACAAGGGGAUCCACAUCUUUCUGAUACUUGGUGCUUGGCGUGCACGGCGGUGGAGGCUAUCACCGGGGAAUUGCGCCUGGCUUGGGGGACUGGCGGGACACGUGCCCUGGCCACUGACCUCCUUGUCAGCGCCACCCGACAGGUGAGGGCCCUGCGCAGGCUCGGGAUCGCUGGUGGCGGGCGUUCGAGGCCUGCUUCCCCAGCUAGGGCGGUUCUUCCUGCCGCGGCUGGUGAGGGAGCAGGCCGAGCCGCGACACCGGCCCCUGAGCCUCCACCGCCACCUCCUCAUCCUAAGGCGGCCGUGAAAGAGGAGGACGCAGACAGCUCCGAGUACACCGAGGACACAGGGGAGCCUUCUGAGGAGAAGGAGCGCCGACUGCCAGGUGCACCGCCCGGGGUUACACUGGCCCCUAAGGCGAAAAGUGAUCGACGCGAAAGUCUGCCGAGGCGUAGAGCUUCGGACCAGUCGUCGGUCAAGAGGGAGGCUGACCAAAGUCGUGCCCCUUCAGACGACCAGCGGCCGGCAGAAGAGGAGGCUGACUACGGUCGUGCCCCUUCAAAGGAGCAGCAUCUCCCUCCACCUGAGGAGGAACAAGCUCGUCCGCGGUCCAGUGGGAAUCGCCGGGCGUCCGAUCGCGAGACUCAUCCUGAAGAGUCCGUUGACCGGGAUCCCAACAGGACACGAGGUGAGGCUGACAAGAGUCGGGCCCACUCGCGGGAAGGUUAUCACCAACAUCGUCCUCACUCUGGGGAAGGCCGACGCCGUCGCAGGUCUCGGAGUAGACGGGGUGGGCACCGCCGUGUUUACGAGAACGAGCCGGGUGCCGGUGCGAUGGCGCCAAAAAAGAAGACAGAGGAGAGAGCCCCUCCCCCGAUGAAUUUUGGGGUCGAGAUAGGGGAAGAGAUAUUGUGCGAGACACCCGAAUGGGAAAGGCUCCACAUUCCGGAAGGCUGCAUUUUGGAAGUGGGGCUUCAUGGGAGCUCCAUAGACUGGGCGAGCGAGGGCUGGUUUGCAAUCCUCGUGAGUCAGGUCUCAGGGGACAGUACCUCAGGACUCUCCGUGAUGGGAACUUGCCUGGGGUGCGAAGUGCCAGAACGCACAGACCAAGUGGUGCAGUAUAUCGAGGAAGGAGCAGUUCAUCUAUGCCCACAAGAUCCUUGCGGAGCCGAGGAUAUCUAUGUCAUACACGCCACCAGAGUCCGUUGUUGGACCCUCGACAGGUUUGGGGCCGAUUAUAUCAGCGCCGCUGGGAAGGCUCUCUUGAAGAAAGCCGAUGCGGCUGCAAAAAGAGCGGCGAAGGCGGCCUCCGCCCCUGCUGCAGCUCCCCGGCGCAAGUCUGCCCUGCGUUCCAGCGAGAAGCGGAAGGCGUCCCCUCCUGUGAUUGCCAUACCUUCAGACGAAGGAGAGGAUGGAGACGAAGAGUUGACUUCAGAUGGUCAUGGAAAAGAACGGCAUGGGGAGCUGAAGGCGUUGCUGACUCGCACCAAGGAGCGCAUCCUCGGAGGUGGGGCUGGGUCUCCCCGUGCCCCGCCCGCAGAGGGUGCUGCUGGUGGAGUUCAAGCAGGCGAUACCGCCUCUGCUCUGGCAAAGAAGCGUCUUGGAGCCGGGACUUCACUCAACCCCUAUCGGCAGACCCCAUUGAUGGAUAUUGAUGGUGGCCGGCCCCGAGGUUACAAGCGGUUCUGGUACGACACAAUUGCUCUGCUGGCACAAGCCGUGCAGGCUACUUCACAAGAGGCCAAGGCUCGUCGAGACAAGAGAAAGGCCAAGGAGAAGGACUCGCCGCUUCAUCAGCUGGUGGAACUUCUGAAGGGAAAAGGGGGGUCCAAGAAAAAGAAAAAGAAGAAGGAUCGCCACCGCAGGCUGCUUCACGAGGAGGUCAAAGCAGACCCCGAUCCCCCAGAUGGCUCAGGCUCGAGCGGGUCCUCCAGCUCAAGCAGCCCGGCCGCGGGCCGCAAGAGGGGCAAAAGCGACAGCGAUUCGGAGUUAAGCUUCGAGCCCCCACUGCGCAAGCGCGCCAUGCGCGAGCCGGGAUCAGUAAUGGAGAUGUUGGUCAAGCAUGCCCAGCAACAGAUGGAUCAGGGCAGCUUGAUCGACCUCGAGGCGGGCGACCACUCGGUGGUUUCGGGCAUCAAGCUGGCGACCUAUUUCGCCCUGCUGAUUCGGCCUUACCAUGCCCCAGGAUCCCCGCUCCUCAGAGAGCUGUUUGCGCUCGCGCAAGCGAUGGAUCUCCUGAGGAGUGGGAAACUUCCGGAGACGGCGGAUGCACUCGCCUCCCGGUUUAUGGCCGUGCACACGGCCCUGGCCGAAGGCUCUUGGGCGACAGCCUCUUACCUCGAGCUCCUCAACCGCGACCAUGCUCGAAGCCCACAAGCACAGACGCUUGGUCCUGAAGAGCCAGGGCUAUCCUGCCACAGGCCAAUGGUGGUCCGGCGGCGGGCGCGGAAAAGCUUCGGGCAAAGCAGACAAGGGACGCAAAGGCGACCCAAAGGGCCGCGGGGGCAGAGGAAAAGGAAAGGGCGGAACCAAAGAGCACAGCUGGGGGUCGUCGAAAGGAGAGCCGAACCCCUGGAAAGAGAACAAGGAGGACGCCAGCAAGAAGUAGGUGAGGCGCCUCUGGAGCCCACUGAGAAUUUGGAGAUGCAUAUUUUGCAAGAUGGGCUGGAGCAGUCCGUGCCCUUGCCGAUGCACCUGGAAAAGGGAUGUUUUAUCUUCAGGAUGCUGGCGGCUCGUUGUCAGAGCUUCGCCGCCCUGGGGAGAGCUAUGGCUUGGAUUCUGUUUAACUUCCCCAGGUUGGAAUCGGAGAGGAACGUGACUCCUACAGUCAGGUAUAUGGUGAUGGGUCGUUUCAAAGACCGCGAAGCCAUGCACCGGGGCACUUCUCAAAGAAGUCGUCCCAUUUUUCCCCUUCCUUUGGGGGCGCUGACGAAAGUACAGCAGGCUGCACAGCUUAGCCGGCUGGAAGAUUUUUGCAGGCCGCAUUUUGCAGGCCUUUCAGCUGCCGAAAUAUGGCAGGCGCUGGGUAUACUUGGACUCAAUGGUGCGGCUGGCUUUGGCCGAGCCCCCUGUGACCGCAAGGCCACUGAAGUCCAGAAGAGGGCCAUCGACACCAUUGGCCGCAGCACCACCAGAGCGCUGGCAACAGACCUGCGCUUAGACCGCUCGCCUGCGCAAGCUGAAAAAGAGCUGGCCAGCCGCUUCCUGAGCUAUACUGGGGAGGAGGUCCCCAAAAUGCAGGUGAUUUCUUUUGAGGCGGCACUCGCUGCCCUUCCCCCUGAAAGUCAUGGAGGGUCUAUUGACGCGUUGGGUUUGGUUUCUCAAGGGACCCGUUGGUUUUUGGAGCACCCUGAUGAAUCCCUUUUGAACAGGCCUAAAGAUGGGGUCAAACUUCAAGCCAAAGUUCAUGUGCACCCAUGUCACUCCAUGUCCUUUUUCAAACUGCUCGUUGAACGUAGGAUUUGCACCUGGGUGGCCGAUCAAGAUGUUUUGGUGGUCAAUGGACAGCAAGUCCUUAACGGGAUGUUCGCUGUGGGAAAAGGAUCCUUUUUGGACUCUGGGGAAGAAGCGGGCGUCUGGUACCGGCCGGGAUGUGCAGUCAUCCCAAUGGGAUGGCAUUCCGCGGUGGCCGUAAUGCAGGAGGUAGCGGACCGGCUGACAACUAUCGGCCGUCUGCCCUCCUCUCAUAAGGUCCGGCGAUCCAUGCCACUUCCAGGCUGGCUGACGCAGACUCUCGACGAUGCCAAGGAGGUGGACAAGCCUUGGUACCAUGUAUAUCUCGACAAUUUCUGCUGCAUGAGCAAGGUUCGGGAUAAUGGCAAGAGCGCUCAAGGGGAGCAAAUGCACGAGAAAUUGGAGGCCGCCUGGAGUUCUGCUGGCGUGCUCUCGUCGGCCAAGAAGCGGGUCGCUGGCGCUUCUGAGGCUCACGAGCUGGGGGCGCAAUUUGAAGGUUUGGAGGGAACUUUGGGCCCUAGCCCUGAGAGGUUGCUGAAGCUCAUCCAGGCCCCGCUGGUUGUCAUUGGGAAACAUCGCUUGCGAAAGAAAUGGACGCAAGUGAUUGCAGGCCGAGGACCCACUGCAUGGCCUUCAGACGCGCCGCCAUGGGGUGGCUGGAUAGCACAUGGGCCUUCAUCUCGGGCCAAGACGAGAGGAGAGCUGUUUGGCUGUUGUGUUGCCGGACUCCUCAUCCACUCGAAUCUGAGGGCCCAGAUCAGUGCCACCACGACAGCUAGUGACGCUAGCUCCACUGGAGGAGCGGUUGGCAGCAGCACAUGUUUGACCCAAUCCGGAAAGGAAUUUGCUGCGGUGGACUCCCUUAACCUGUCUGGAGGCCAACUUAUCCCUGUUUUGGCAAUCUCCCUAUUCAAUGGAGUGGGUUGCGCCUUUCGGUGCUAUGACUUGUGCGGUGUCACCCCGAUGGUCGGCCUGUCCUUUGAGUUGAACCCGGCAGCAAACAGAGUUACCAGCCGAAGAUGGCCACACGUGAAGAUCUUGGGGGAUGUGAGGUCAAUCACCCCCGACAUGAUCAAGGAAUGGCGCUACGCCUACCCUCAAAUCGAGGAAAUACACCUUUGGGGAGGCUUCCCUUGCGUGGACCUCAGCAGUGUCAAGGCUGGGCGGCUUAACCUGGAUGGAAGUGAAAGCCAGCUCUUUUAUGAGAUUCCGAGGAUCCUGAAGGACAUUCGGAAAACCUUUGGCUAUGCCUUCAAGGUCAAGUUCGCUAUUGAGAACGUGGCAAGCAUGGAUGAGGCGGCAGCGGCUGAGAUUUCUCGCGCCCUGCAGGUCAAGCCGCUUCGCUUGGAUCCUUGUGACGUGGUUCCCAUUCACCGCCCUAGGUUUUGCUGGUUGAACACCGACCUUGUCGCAAUGGACGGGGUUGAAGUGGUUGAAAAAGAGCGCUGGUUUGAGGUCCGCAUUACCCAGGCUUACCCUGAGCUUUUUCAAUGGCUGGACCCUGAAGCUGACUGGCCUGGGUUUUGGGAGGGCGCUAUCCUACCUACUUGCAUGAAGAGUAUCAAGCGGGCUCGCCCGCCACCAAAACCGGCGGGAUUACACAGGGUGGACCACAAUGGACAAAUGCGUUGGAUGGCUGACGAAUACAGGUUCCCUCCUUAUCAAUACCAUGAGAAGUUUGUUAUUUGGAAAGGUGACCGAUGGAGACUCAUCAAUGCCCUCGAAAGAGAACUCCUUCAUGGUUUGGGAUAUGAACAUACUAUCCUCUGUUGGAAUGCCAAUGACAUCAAAAGAUCCCCUCAGGAAUUUGAAGAUGUCCGCAAGAGCCUGGUAGGAGACAGCUUUAGUUGCUAUUCUUUUUCAUUUGUGGCGGCCAUGCUGUGUAAGGAAUGGGUUAACAUCCCUGACUACAAGAUGCUGAAUGAUCGCAUGGGAAUGGCACCGGGUUUUUGUUGUGACCUUUCUAUUAAAAUUCCUUUGCAACGUCAAUUGGCAUAUGGAACCACCUCCUUGAAGCCUGGGGUUGUUGACCUGCAUGCUGCCUUGCUGCGACGGGCGAAUCACACGGGCUCAGAUGUUCGAAUUUCCAGUGGCUGUUUGCUCAACCCCCGCAAUUACCCUCGGCAAAGCGCCGCCUCCGAUUGGUGGGCGUGGAAUAAGGGUAGGACUUCAUCCCGAAUGCUCAAGCCAUUGCUGGCGCGACUCUCGACGCUGUUGCUGGCCUUUGACAUCUACCUUAUCGUGAUCCACGUCGAAUCCUCCGACAACCCGACUGAUCAUGACAGUCGGUCGCGUCGCGCCAGGCUGAAUUUGGUCCUAGCCGACAUCGGGAUUACGUCCGCCACCUUGGACAGGUAUCACCACGCAGUUUCACGACUGCGUCCAGUCUUGGAACAGGUCAAUACGGAGGCACAGCUUGACGACCUUAUCUCUGACUGGAUUCAGUCCGAAUUCGAGGAUGGCGCCCCGCUUCACCUCAUAGCUGAUGCGCUUAGUGGGCUACACUACUUCGAGCCCUUUACGAAAGGAAAACUCAUCAGAUCCUGGCGGCUCUUCUCCAUCUGGAGACGCUAUGAGGUACCCUGCCGUGCCCCACCAUUGACCCAAGACCUGGUGUUGGCUAUGGCGGGCUACUGUAUCUCGAUCUGUGAGCUUUCUAUGGCCGCCUUGCUCCUGUUGGGCUUCCACUGUCUCAUGAGGACUGGGGAGCUGUUGCAGGUCAGGCCCUGUGAUUUUAUCCUUGAUGCUCAGGUGGGACUGGUAUCCAUUCCUUCUAGUAAGAGUGGCAUCCGUCACAACACCAGGGAGAGUGUCACCAUUCGAGACCAGUCUACCUUGGCCACGGUAACUGCCAUGGUUGAGCUCAGGCAAUCUCAGGGCUUUGACAAUACACCUUGUUGGGACCGAAGUGGCUCCUGCUUUCGAGAUCUAUUCAGGCGUAUUUUGGCUGCCCUAGAAAUCUCAUCCCUGGGGUUCAGGCCUUACAGCCUCAGGCGAGGCGGGGCUACAUACGAGAUGCAGAGCCAUGGCCUUAUGGAGCGUACGCUCAUUCGUGGGAGGUGGAAAAACUCCAAUGUGGCCCGCAUUUACAUCUCGGAUGGCCUGGCUAUGAUCCCCAGGUUAAAGAUGACUUGGGCGGCAAAGUUUAAGGUGGCACAGCAUUCAUCGAUUUUCAUCAACGAGCACCGGGCUUAUUCCGGUGGGGUGCGUGGAAGCAAAAGGAAGUUUCAAGCUUGA